AUGGGGAUAGUUCACAAACUCAUAACUUCUGUCUCUGGGCUUUACAAUAACAUCAACCCGAUAACACUAAGUGGGGUCAACGAUGUUAUUGUUGUUGAGGGCAAAGAUGGGAAGCUGAGGUGCACAGAGUUCCAGCUUCGAUUUGGAAGGCUCUACUUCUACGGUGUCAAUAACCAAACAGUGCAUCUGUUCAUCAAUGGGAAAAUGUGUGACAUAACAAUGUCUAUCACAAGCCAAGGAGAGCUGUUCUUUGAGAAAGAUACCGAGGACGACCUUGGUAUGGACUACGAUAUCAUACUCGAGUAUAAUAAGAAACUUUCCACAAUGUUUGACUCAGACGAUGAGAUGAUUCUCAACAAGAGGCUUGAGCAGCUUUCACUAGGAAACAGCCCCGACCUCAGCACGCUGAACUUCGAUGUCACAACGAAGUACAAGGAAAAGAACCUGAAUAUUGAGGAUAUUGAAUUUAAGAAGUACCUAAGAAAAGAAAGAACAGAAAACCUCAAAAAGAGGAUGUACGGUCAGGUUCUCCAUCAAAGAGCUCACAAGGAUUCGUACCAUGAUUUCGAAAGGAAGUUCGUCAAGUUUGGAAAUCUGAUCAACUCCAGUGAGCACUUUGAUUUCCUAAUAGGAAAAUAUCGGUCCGUCCUUCACAUUAUUAUCGGAUUGCAUCUCUAUCCACCAUUCAAUGAUAAAACCUGUGAUGGGAACACCAAGGGAUGCACAGGUGCAAGUAUAUCAUUUUCUCUCUGCUAUAACAAAAAAAUACAGGAGUCUCUGGAUCAUACAUUCAACUCCUUCCUGGUUCAGGAGAUAAGAAAUACGGAAAGCCUCGUCGUAAGGGUCCAGGGAUGCAAGAAAUGCAACUUCCGUUUCUACCUGCCAUACGACACAUUCUGUAAGAUAUUCUUUGAAAUCCAGGGAUCAAGAAUCAACAAGGCAAAGAGAAUCAUGAAGAUCCUUGAAAAUGAGCACAAUAGGCUCCUUGGGUGGAACAUAUUCGGAACAAAAAAGGUGAUCAAAAGAGAUGUAUCCUUUUCCUUAAAGCUGAACUCCGAAGAACUAAAGAUGCUCAACCUAAAGGAGGGGAAAAACCAAGCGAUCUUUAAGAUUAGCGGCCUGAACAAGCAUCUGGAGGGGAACAUCUACCUGUGGAAGGACGACGCAAAGAUAAUCGUUUCAGAUAUCGACGGCACAAUAACCAAAAGUGAUGUCUGGGGCCAUCUCUAUGGAAUGAUAGGAAGAGACUGGACUCAUCACGGCGUUGCCUCAUUAUACACAAAAAUAGUCAGAAACGGAUACAAAAUAGUUUAUCUGACUGCAAGGGCUCUUGGGCAGUCGUUCUCUACAAAGUCAUAUCUCAAAAGUGUGUGUCAAGAUGGAUAUAAACUCCCUGAUGGCCCUGUAAUUCUGUCGCCCGACGGCGUGUUUGCAGCAUUAUACAGAGAGCUGAUAAUAAGAAGGCCAGAAGACUUCAAGAUAGCAUGCUUGAAGACAAUUCAAGGCCUUUUUGGUGAUACGAAUCCAUUUGUCGCAGGAUUUGGAAACAAGAUCACAGACGUGAUAACUUAUAAAGCGCUGGAAAUCCCUCUUUCAAGGAUUUUCACAAUCAAUCACAAAGGAGAGUUGUAUGUAGAGUUGGUAAAGACGCUAUCAGGAACAUAUAGGACAAUGAACGACUUUGUGGACAGCAUGUUUCCAUAUCUGUCCACUAAGACCAUUCCAUUCAUAGAUCAUUCAUUUAGUGACUUUUCUUGGUGGAGUAUCCAAGAUACAUCCCAUACAUAG